AUGGAUAAUGAUUAUUAUGACUUUCUUGAUCAUUCAUUCGAUUAUAAACCAAAGAAGAGAGGACAGAGGGGUUAGAAAAAUCUCAUUUUAAUUUAGCAUUGACAGAUCAAGAGAUCAUUGUUCGUGAAAGAAUGAAGCUUGUAAAAAACAGGGAAUCUGCAAAAAAUAGUAGAAAAAGAAAAAAGAUGUAUGUUGACCUAUUAGAAAACAAAGUACAUUUUAACAUUAACCUUCAGGUGGCAGGUCUAAAUCAGNUUACGACGAGAGUGAAGAAACUCCAACAUUCGACGAGCAAGCAGACAGUUAAUUUUAUAUUAGCAACAAUGGCUAUUGUUUAAAAUGCAAUGAUUAUAUAACUGGCUCAUUUAAUUGUCCAUAAAUUUGCAAAGUAGAUGAAGAUUUUGCAUCACAUCUAUUACCCGCCAUAUUGA